AUGAUAAAAUGGUACCACAAUUUGCCGCCCAAUUCUAUCGAUUCUUUCGCCAUGCUCGCCGAUUCGUUCGUAAAGGCACACGCUGGAGCAAUAAAGGUCGCGACCAGGAAGUCGGUCCUGUUCAAAGUGAGACAAAUGGACAAUGAAAUGCUAAGGGAAUUUAUUUCUCAAUUUAAGAUGGAAUGCAUGGACCUGCCCCCGGUUACCGAUAAUUGGGCUAUCCAAGCAUUUACUCAGGCUCUGAACGAGCGAAGUUCGUUAGGAGCCCUGUCCGGUUCCGUUUAUCUAUAUAGAUCCGAAGGCAGGAUUCGAAGAGACAUUGAUAGAGAGCCCCGAUCGAACAGGGAUCGAUACCAACCUUAUGGCGCAGAUCGUAGGAACAAUAGAUCAGGACGUAAUCCCGUUCGCAAUGAUCGAAGGAAUGAUCAAGGUCAAAAUUCCCGAGGGCUUAUGAGUAAGAGUGGCUUCGAUAAACAUGUCGAGCCUAAGGAAGCACCACGGUUAUUAGAGUAUAACUUCAGCCUCGAUGCUUCGGGUAUUUUGUCAGCCAUUGGACGAAUCAAAGAUACUAGGUGGCCUCAACCCCUACAGACUGAUCCAGCUCAAAGGAAUCCAAAUCAAACAUGCAAAGACAGGGAUGCAAACAGGAAGAACGAACAGGAAGAACGAACCGCAACACAUGAUUCAUAUGAUCGUCGGUGGGGUCGAUAUCCCUCAGGGUCCAACAUUUAA